AUGAAUGGUAAUUGGUAUCCAUGGUCGAUGGGUUCCACUCCACAGGAUUUUAUAUUGGCAUGGCGUCGUAUACAUGAUAUAUUCGCAAAUAAAAGUUUAGGUUCGACCAGACUUCAAUGGAUUUGGUGCGUGAAUAAUGCUGAUGUUGGUGGUUACGCAGCUGAGAAUUACUGGGUCGGAGAAAAUUAUGUUGAUUGGAUGGGAAUCGACGGGUACAAUUUUGGUACAAGUCAAAGUUGGAGUUCAUGGUUAACUCCGAAUCAAGUAUUCGACAAUAUGAUAACACGAUUAAAAAACUUAUCUUCAACAAAACCAAUAUGUAUAAAUGAGUAUGCAUCAACAAGUAUGCGUAUUGGAAAUACUCCGAAUAUAACAGCAAAAAGUGAUUGGUUACAACAGUUUUGCACAUAUAUGAAUAAUAAACAAAUUAAAAUGGCUUCAUAUUUUAAUACAGAGAAAGAAACUGAUUGGGCAAUAUUUGGUGGUGUCCGUGGAGAUAGUUUGUGGGGUAAUUACAGUGUCUAUAGUGCAUAUCGAAGUUGUCUUCAAUCAACUGAUUGGAUAUUAGCAAAUAGUACAAAUGCAAGACUCAUUAGUGAUGCACAAUUCGCUGGUACAAGUUAG